CCAUUUCACAAAGUUUCGACAGUAUCUGUUGGACUGAGGUUCUCGCCGCAAUGUUUUUGAAAUAUUCAAGUGGUAAUUUCUUCGACGGAUCUUAGCGGUAGUUUUUUCACUGAUUCUGGCGCCAAUUGAAAUGUUUUCGCGUCAAGCCGAUCUCCGUUAGCUCGUCUUUUUGGCCAUGUUCAGACUUCUGUAGUCGAAGUGGAGCUACGCUGAGAGGGUGGGUGGAGUCAACGUGGCGCGACUGAAUUAAGAUCGGGUCUCGUCUGUGAAGUCAGAUCGAGUUUCAAUCUGUAAAGUCUGUCGGGCUGGAGCCUGGAGUUGCGUCGAUGGUGUUGUGAUUGACCACAAAAAGAGUUCGGGAGGGAGAGGGGAGGGGAGGUGUUUGUUUGCUUGUUUGCUUGUUUGCUUGUGUGUGUGUGUGUGUGUGUUUGCGCACGCGCGAGCGGAGUGAAGACCUGAUUGUUGUGUCGGAUUGGAGAAGAGGGGAUCGCCUUCCGUGUCUGAGCAAGGAGUUGGUUGAGGGCGUUAGCAGAGUGGGAGGGGCAGUGGGAGUGAGAGUGGAGAGGAGGUGUGUGUACAGAGGUGAUCGCCUUCCGUUUCUGAGCAAGGAGUUGGUGGAGGGCUUUAGCAGAGUGGCAGUGGCAGUGGCAGUGGGAGCGGAGAGGAGGAGGUGUGUGUACAGAGGGGAUCGGCUUCCGUAUCUGAGCAAGGAGUUGGUUGAGGGCUAUAGCAGAGUGGCAGUGGGAGUGGGAGUGGCAGUAGCAGUGGGAGUGGGAGUGGGUGAGAAGGAGGCGUGUGUAGAGUGGCCCAAUGGAGAACAGGCAGCCUCGGUACUUCGCCAACACCUUGCCGGACUACGUGGAAUCUGCGAGAGAGGAGGGAGAGGGAGAGAAAGGAGAGGGAGAGGGAGAGCGCGGGGAACCGGAGGGAGGAAAAGCACCGGCAAAACGUGACCCCAGCAUGACGGACAUGCCAAGAGGAGGAGGAGGAGGAGAAGGGAUACGAUUCCCUUCGUCUCAGGAUUUCAUGCAAUCGGGUGCCACUCUGAAAGACGAUAUAGUACACCGAACCUGGACUGCGGUCGAUCGAACCGUUCGGGACCCAUUCAUGUACACUGGCACUUUGGGAACAGCACUCCUGUGCUUGAAAUCCUAUCAAGUGACUGGGAAUGAGAACGACCUCAAGACUUGCCUGGAUAUUGUCGAUGCGUCUGCCGCCGCGUCGUUGCGUGCAAAGUUGGUUGUGACCUUCCUGUGCGGGCAUUCAGGAAUCUAUGCGGUUGGUGCUGUGGCUGCACAUUAUAGCAAAGACCAGAGACGAUUCAAUCGCUAUAUCAAUCUGUUUAAUGAGGUCGCAUCGGAGCGGGCAUUGGCUGCAGGGCCUGAAGAUGGCGGCAUGGGCAUGCCGUACGAGCUCCUGUAUGGGCGCGCAGGUUUUUUGUGGUCUGCUCUCUACAUCAACAGGCACUGUGGUGACGGAACCAUCCCUCUGUCAACAACGGGGGCUGUGAUCGAAGCAAUCAUCUCAGGAGGCCGUGCCGGGGCAGCAAACACCGGAUGGCCUUUGAUGUACCAGUGGCAUGGCACAAGGUACUGGGGCGCUGCCCACGGUCUGGCAGGCAUCAUGCAAGUCUUGAUGCACUUUCCCUUGAGCCCCUCCGCAGAGGAGGAUGUGAAAGCGACUCUUCGACUGAUGAUACGGAACCGAUUCCCGAGUGGAAACUACCCCUCCAGUGAAGGAAAAUCGCGAGAUCUCUUGGUUCAUUGGUGCCACGGAGCACCAGGCGUUGCUGUCACAAUGGUGACCGCGGCGUCCAAGUACGGGCCUCAGGGAGAAGGGGCAGAGUUUCUGCAGGCGGCAGUCGAAGCAGCGGAUGUGGUCUGGGAAAGAGGGCUCCUCAGGAGAGCUGGCCUCUGCCAUGGUGUCAGUGGAAAUGCGUACGUCUUCCUCUCGCUUUUCAGAGCAACAGGAGAGAAGCGCCACUUGCAUCGGGCCCAAGCAUUCGCCACAUUUCUACGUGACAGGGGGCAGGAGCUUAUACGGACAGGGAAGAUGCAUGGUGGGGACCGUCCUUACUCCCUCUACGAAGGAGUUGCUGGCUUCUCGUAUCUCUGGCUUGAUUUGUGUCAGCCUGAAAAUAGCAGGUUCCCUGGCUAUGAGCUAUUUUGACCGUUGCAACCUACACUAGUCUUCCCUUUCAGGUUUGUGUGUGUGUGUGUGUGUGUGUGUGUGUGUGUGAGAGAGAGAGAGAGAGAGAGAGAGAGAGAGAGAGAGAGAGAGUGUGCGUGUGAGAGAGAGAGUGUGUGCGUGAGAGAGAGAGAGAGAGAAAGGUUUUCCACAUAUACCUCUGUGUGUGUGUGUGUGUGUGUGUGUGUGUGUGUGUGUGUGUGUGUGUGUGUGUGUGUGUGUGUGUGUGUGAGAGAGAGAGAGAGGUGAUCCAUGUUUGUUCAUUCCUUUCAAUGAAGGAAGGUGAGCGUACCUCAGGAGUAGGCGUCUUGCAUCAUUUUGUGCAGUACCCAAAGUAGGAUGCUUUACUUUUUGUGGCUAGUUGUUGCAAAGGUCACAAAGGUGUCAAUGUUAUUGCGGCUUGUCAGGAUGGUAUGGCAUCAGAUUUUUGCACACGGUAAUGCAAUGCAUAGUUUGAAUGAAUUCAUCCUCGCUUCCUCUUUUAGUGCCAAAACAAAAGGUGCUGGUAUUCUGAAGUCAGUACGUAGUCACCUGUACAGCUUUGACAGAAGGCCUUUUAAAUUCGGCAAGAAAGGCCCAGGCCUGCCAUGAAAAGGUACAGUUUUAGUGUCCUUUGACAGAAAGCCUGUGUAGGUCGGUGUCAGGAACGAAGGUAGUCUGGUGGGCAGUGGUAGCAGCCCUCCUCCAUGCUAGACAAUGUGGAGGAGAAUCAGUGUGCAAUAAAUUCCACUUUAAUGUAGAAUCGCUGUGGAAAGUACCAAUUGGAUCUUGAUGUACAGGGGCAGUUCAAACACUUCACUUCGAUGUCAGAGAUAAGUUUGGCGCGAUGUAUGCUUUCCAUAGUCCUCUCUCCUCCUGUGGCUGGGUGAAAAGAUGUGAUGUCGACGGCCCACCGAAGCGGAACGGCUGCAGUUAGUGCAUUCAUUGUAUUAUUACAGGCAUGUGAUGCUGCCACUUGCAAGAAGCGGUGGCCGUAAAUUCUGCAAUCGUUGUAGCGUUGCACAUUUUCAUUUCAUUUGCGUUCCGUUUAAACAUGCAUCCGACCGGACUGCUUGCCCGGCCAUAAAAGGGGGUAAAGGUACUCAGUGUAGGCAUGUAUGUGCUGGCGCCAACACCACAAAGAAUAAAGAAAUCCCAUCUGGACCUUCUAUAUAAAAAUUGAUAUUUGAUAAGUUGAGUAAGGAAGCCAUCGUAUUGUCUCAACAAAUUGGAAUUUAGCAG